AUGGUAUUCAAAGGAUGGGAAAAUCUGGACACUGACAUACUAGUGAUGAUUUUUAAGAAGUAUCUUAGCCUCGAUGAGUUGACUUCUGGAGUAGCUCAUGUCUGUAGAGGAUGGCGUGUGGCUUGCUGCGAUCCCAUUCUGUGGAACACGCUCGAUUUAUCACACAUGAGAUCUAACUUCUUCGAAUUGUCAUGUAAGCCAUAUGUGUACGUGGAUAGCCACUCUGAUAAGGCACUGACUCGGAUCUUGAAACUCUCCAUGAGUCUUAGCAAGAGAAACACAAAGACCUUGAUUUUCCAUUACGACUUGUUUCCCAAUGGUGACAUGCUUACUUACACCACAAGAAGGUGUCCAAACUUGAGACGCUUGGUGCUACCAUCUUGGAACAGACUAACAGAGAGGAGUGUAUGUGAUGCAAUAAGCUACUGUAAGAAACUAGAGUCACUAACAAUGCCAAGCUUGGUAAACCCGCAUUUUGUCUUCUCGGCGAUCCGAGAGAACUGCAAGAAAUUCAGAGAGCUCAAGAUAAUGGGUCCCAUCAAUCUCUUCUGCAUCCAGAACCUCGUCUGCCUCCUCCCGAAGCUGGAAGUCCUCAGCCUCAGAUGCAACUCUAUACACAUAGAUGCGCUCGCAAAGAUCUUUGAGAAAAUGAAAAGACUCGAGGUUCUCAAUAUUUCUCAUUCUUACAUCGAGUUUGGGGAAGAUACGACGACGGAGAUUCCAUGGAGAACGAAAAUAGAGAAGGCCUCGCAGUUGAAGCAGUUUGUGGGUUGUGUGGAUCCUGGGACUUGCGUCAUAUGUCAGUGGACGGAGAAAGAUGAAGGGUUCAUGAACUGGAAUAUGUAUGAUGAUGAUGGGCUAUGGAAAGAAGACGAAGUAAGCUCUCUUCAUCUCUGA